UUGACAACUGCUUUAAGGAGGAAACAAGAUAAGGUGACAGGGAGGAGAGUGUCAACCUGAGCAGAAGUAAGCCAUUUUACCUGGUCUGUUGUUCCAGAACUUCACGUGCCUGGAAAUCGCGUACGGCGGGAUGAGAUCGGUAUUUGUUGCGAUAUUCCUCUUUGCUGUGGUAACAGUGGCUACCGCAGGGAGGGAAAAACGAAAAAGUUUUGGUGCGGAGAAAGUGAAACAUGGCGACCACCAGCAUCCCCACAAGCGAUUUCGCAAACAAGAUCUUAACGGUCACAAACCAGUGGGUGAAAGCCCACACACUGUGUACAAGGAUGAGUGGAUGAAGAUGACCCGAUACACCAAAACUAAAAGCACAGCAUGUAAACAAAAAUGUGGCAAACACCAGAUCUGCUUGGUGGAUCAAACUACAGGGGAAUCGGACUGCUUCAGUAGGCGCAAUUUUAAAGAAGGUCGUCGUUUGUUUCGCAAGUUUGGAAACCAUGAUGUCAAAGGACUGAAAAAGAGUAUUGAGGAUUAUUCCAAGCAUCAUCAGAAAUCAACAGACAAACGCAAGCAUCACCACAAACUACACAAGGAUCACCAUCAGCACAUAGAGCACCCCCAGCACAACAAAAUAGACUCACCCACACAGGUAAAGCAGCAACAUGCUCCUGAUGUGAACCACGUAGAACACAAGGACCACAAGCAGAACAAGGACCACAAGCAGAACAAGGACCAUCCCCAACACAAGAGCCAUCCCCAACACAAGAGCCAUCCCCAACACAAGAACCAUCCUCAACAAAAGAGCCAUCCCCAGCACAAGGACCAUCUACAUCACAAGGAUCAAAAGCAAAACAAAGAGCAUUCACAUCACAAGGAACACCCAGAGCACAAGGAAAAGGAACAUGAGAAGCAUCUGAAACACAAGGAAGACUCUCAUCAGAAACCAGUAAUUGUUAAUAACCAUAGCGGGCCUCAGCCAAAGUUGGAGGCUGUGGAACUUCAUGCCCAGCUUACACCUAAUGUUAUCCAUGGUCAUAUUGUACCUUCUGACAGGGAUGAGGCACGAAAAGCACUGGAUGCUAAGGUUUCCAUCCACAAGUCUGUACAGAAAGCAGCUAUUAAGCGACUGAUGAGACCAAGCCAAGACCAUCACCUUGGAAAACCUGGGAAAAGUCAUUUAAGAAACAGUCAUCAUAAAGGUCACAAAGUCCACCAUCAUAAGCAUCAUGGGAAACACAGUCAGUCACACAAAGGCACCAAACACCAUGUUUGUACGAAGAAAGAGUUGGAUGUGAUGAGUAAAAGACUUACCGGCUGGUUUGCACUUCUUCAUGCUCGCAGAGAAGAGAACACCCACCUUAAGAUUCCCAUUCAUAAGCAUGACCAUAAGUGUGACUGUCAGGAGACCGCUGUAUGGGCUCUGCACCAGUUUGACCUUAACGGAGACAACCACCUGAACCACACAGAGGUCAAGCAUCUGGAGACCAAUCAGAAUGAACCCUGCCUAAAACCAUUCAUAGAGUCCUGUGACCAGAACCUGGACAGUCUUCUCUCCAGGAAGGAAUGGUGCUGCUGUUUUGCCGAAACACAGCCUCCAUGUCUUCAAAGAAAACAAAGUCUUCAGCAUCAUCAUUUAUUAGGUGCCUUCAUCCCCCGAUGCGAUGAGACUGGAUAUUAUCAGAAGGAGCAGUGUCAUUCUGGCACUGGCUAUUGCUGGUGUGUUGACCUUAAUGGGAAUGAAAUACCCAACACUCGCGCCAUGAAGAAAGCUCACUGUGAAAAUUUGAAUGUGAUGGGAUACAAGAAGAACUGAAAACAAACUGUCCAAAGAAGAUUGAAAGAUUUUGAGUGAAAAAUCAUAGACAGAUCUUCAGUUGAUUGUUUUAUUAGGAGCUGUUGGAUUAGUUUUGAGGUGAACAGAAGGUUUAAGGAGCAGAUUUAUUACUUGAGGAAAAAAUGUCCUUUGUAGAGAAUUGUUUCUAUUGAAUGUUCUUACUUAAUUGGACAAUUGGAUAAUUUUUAAACUGCAACAGUAAAUAUGUAACCAUGGCUAUUUUGAGAUUUUUUGUGCUAUUUGUGCUACAAUGUGGAAACUCCUGACCACUGUUGGGUACUUAUAUGUCUUCCUCUCUAGAAUGAUGUGAUGUCUUCCCAGCAUUCUCAGUGGUUAGCUGAACUACAUUUUUACAUUUGUUAGCUUUGUAACAUUGAGAAUGCUGCUUAUACUUUGUUAAUAUGCCACUAUGAGAGAGACAACUUACCCUACAUUUCCAACAGGACCAGUCACUAACCACAGGGUGAAGUCUACUGGGAAUUUAGAUGAAAUAGUUAAUGUCUUUUUUUUUUUACAUGUACAUGUACAUGUUUCAGUUUGAACAUUUUAAUUAUUAUGCCAAUGCCUGUGCCUCUGUACAUUCCUUGUAUUGUCCAUUCCAUAUAGAUACUUAGGGUUGUGACCUUCCAAGAUGCAGCUUUGUGUUACCAUUUGAGUUUUUAUUUAUUUGACGUGAAAAGCACUUUUGUAUUCAACUAACACCAGACUUUUUGCACAGUGAGAAAUAUAGUGUUAAACAGCAAUCAAAUAAAUAUAAAGUUAAAUUGUACCAUGGGAUGUCUCUGUGAAAUUUCAUAUUUUUUCAUAUUUUAGAUUCUUUAAAGGUUAAGAGUUUAGGGAAAUACUCACAAGGAAGAGACAUUCCUAUUUUUUGUGAAACAGACCACCUAAUAUUCUUGAUUUAUGUACACUGUGUCACAAGCUUUUACUUAUACAAUCAUGUGUUUUUGCUUUUUGUUUUAUGAGUCCGACCAACUGUUUUUAUGUCUUAUAUAGUACAUUUAUUACUAUUAUUAGUGCUGUAUGCCAUAUUGGAUUUAUGAUAUUCCUGUAGCCAUUCCACUAUCAUCAGAUCUCUUCACACCAAAAUUGUCUUCGUAAGUCCACAGUUGUAAAUUAAACACGUUUGGAACCUACGCAUGCACAAUAUAAGAAAUAAAAAAUGUUGCUUAAACCUUCAGUUCAAUGAAUGUGCAGGUCUGAUUUUAAUGAGUUUGUAUUUUACCUCCUUUAGAAGGUUAGACCUGCUGUAAUAUAGUUGAAGUUCUUUUCUAAAUUCUGAUUCUGAAUCAACUGCAUUAUUUUUGUUUAAUGCUUUACUUCUGAGAGGCAAUUUAUUAUUUUCUGACAACAAAAGCAAAUGAAUGGUACUUCAUGAAACAAUGAGGUAAAUCAGUUCUGUUGCAAUAAAAUUCCUGUAGUUGUGAUUUUCCUUUUGAUAACAACACUACAUCGAGGUAAAUUGAUUUUUGCCUCAAUUUAAAAUGCAAAUCUACUUAAAUUUGUCGCAUUAUUUCAUUGGAAUUUUUCACUACAAGUUAGUAUAAUGCAUGUCUUUACCUCUGUCCAUUCUUUCCUGCGUUAAAAUAAAUUGUCUUCAUAAAA